CUGGUUUUGAAACUUUUAUCCGAUCAGCAUACGCCAUUCAUAUCACCAUUUGAAGGGCAACAAAAGUAGGCAUCGCUUUUUUUGAAGUUUUUUCGUUCAGGAGAUAUUUGAGUUUUAUUUAAAAUUAGGUUGUUUUGCCUAAAAUCGGGUGCUUGAUUUGCCAAUAACUCAGUCAGUUCUCAUCAAAAAAGUAUGAAACGUUGGAUUUCUAGGUAAAAGAUGAUGACAAAUUUGAUGAUAGUAUUCUCAAGACUCUCAAAAGCUAUCCAAAAAGUUUCUACAAAAUCGGAUCUCCAGAAAACUUUUUCAGAAACCUAAUUUUUUUGACAAUAGCUCCAAUCGAUGGAGAAUUGAAUUCUAAACAAAACUAGAUCUUUUUGGAGGUUCCGAAGCUUUUCAAAUAAGAGAAAUCUACAAAUAACUCGAAAAACGUUGUUUGAUGAAAGUUUCCGAAUUUAAUUUUUGAGUUAUUUGUAGAUUUCUCUUGUUUAAAAAGCCUCGGAACCUCCAAAAAGAUCUAGUUUUGUUUAGAAUUCAAUUCUCUUUUGAGAAUUUCUCCAUAAAAACUUGAUCGAAUUCGAAUAAAAAGGUGAUAUUCGGAAUCACCGCAGUCAGAAGUAUCUGAAUAUGUACCUUUCAACCGAAAACUAAGAUAGUGCUACGUUUUUGAAUUGCGGGCACCUUACAUAAAAAGCAAAUUUUAAAUCUUUAUUCUUAAUUCAUUUCAUUCAAUUUUAGAGGAUAAAAUCUAUUUCAUUUUAAGUUACCUUUUUACUCUCGUUCUUUUCGUUUAAUAAGUACUAUGACAAAACGUAAAUAGAAAACCAAAAUGAAAUAUUUUUAUCUUGUUCCUCUCUUGCGAAGUUCUUUAUCUAUAUCUAAUAAUUUCAUAGUUUCUAGCUUAGAGUCUCGACCACCUUUCUUUGUAUGGAUAUGUAUACAAUUUCAUGUUAUUUGUCGGUCUACAUACAUUUUCAUAACCAUUUUAUCACACGAUGUCUGCGUUUCUCGAUUUAUUUUCUUGAAAACCAAAACAGUUCUGUUCGAAACGGCGAAACAACUUUCAUCUUAAUUAAUAAACGAAAACAAAAUGAAAGCCAAAAUAGAUGUUGUUACAAUGGAGUUUCAAUUAAUAGCAUUUGUAUCCUUGAAGAUAUGUUUAGAAUAUAUCAGAGCUGCUCUACUAAGAUCGAGUAAAAAUCCCAUUUUAGAACUUUUAGUUAAUAAAUGUUAUUCGACUGCGUGAGAGAUAUGGUACGAUACAACCUAUUAUCAACUUUCAAGACGAAUAUCUCAGCUGAAUGAAACUUAAAAUAAAGAUACAUAAAAGAAGUAUAAUUUGUUCUGUGUUUUACUAUGUUAAGAAAGGAAUACAUCAGUUUUCUUUCAUCUGAAUCCAAAGAAAGAAAAAAACAAGCUAUUCGAUAUUUUGCUUUUCUUACGUCUAAGUGUAAGUACAUUCGAAAUUUUUGAAAGAGAAAUGCGAAAUGAGACACGCUUCGACAUAAAAGUAGCAAAGAGUUUUUCUUACAGACGAAAAGAACACAAAACUUUUAUACAUGAUGAAAAAUGCACUGAUACAUUUACGUAGUUAGUUAUACUAUACAUCUCUUCAAAGAAUAACUCUUUGAUAUAACGAAAUGUUCGACGGGUGUCUUAACUAAAUACGACUAGUCAUAGUAGAUUUUAUAUAUAAAUAGACCUGCAGUCAGACGAAAUUUUUAGCUAAUAUACGAAGUAUAUUCUAUCUAAACAUAUUAAGAAGCAUAAUGUCCGCUGAUAGCGUCGUUACCAUUGGAAAAAUGAAAGUAAGCAAAACUUUGCUAUAACAGACUAAGGGUGCAUAAAAAUUCAGAACACAUUCUGCGGGGAUCGUUGAUAUUCCUUCAUUCCGUUGUUCCAGGACUAUUUCUUUAUUCUACUACAACAAAUAAAGGUCAAAGAUAAUUAACCGCUAGGUUAUUCAUACAACAAGUGUAAACAACAUACUUUAAUCAAAAGACAGCUUUCCUUUUACAGUUCAUUAUCCUCUCAUACUAUUUAGAAUUUCCUGUAAGAAAAGGAUUCUUAUUCUUAGCAAAAUACAAUGGCAUCAUGAUCAUACCGAGAUCUAAUACCUUUUUCUAGGGAAUCGAGUUAGAGCGCCUUUAAUAAUCGGAAUCAGAAUAGUUGAUCAUGUUGAACGGCACGUAAAGUCCAGUCUAAAUACUUAGAUUUUUUCAGGGUGAAUAAAGGACUUAUGCCCUAUUUUUUCACACAACUUCACACUUCGCUAUCUGUGGGUAUGAAAGAUGCUGCUUUCUUUGUGACCUUACAUCUGUUUCGUUCUGAUUUAGAGUUGUAAAUACUUCUACAAAUAGUCUCAGUAUACUUUCGCGGACAAUUGCCCUCUCUAGAAAAUAUCAAGCCCUGUAGUUGUUGUUCUGUAAGAAUAAAGUUUGCAGCAGAGUUUGUCAAAAAUGCAAAAGAAAGAACAAUUCUUGAUCAAAAAAUUUCAUGAGCAGUUUAAAUGAAACAAAAUACUACUGACAUAAAAAUUAUGAAAGAAAGUACGCUUGUGUAUGUACUGCUUUAAAAAUGUAUCGCCUCUCAAACUUUUUUUCCGACCUGCGGAUGUCAGUAUACGAAUUAUUUCUACAUUAGAAAACUGGGCACUUUUCCACGGUGAAUAGAAUAACAAGAACUUGUACAUCUGUGCAUAAAGUUAAACGAAUAUGCCGACGCCAUAAAUUUUAUAAUUUGAUUAACUUUGAUUUUAACUUCUGCUCUGCUGUCACCAUAAUCCACGUAAUUUCUGCCUAAAUUGUCACCUCAUUAUUUCUAUUUAUUCUAGUCACCGUGGAAAAAGUGCCCAGUUCACUAAUGAGCAGCUUUUAUCAGACAAAAGCGUUUUUGCAUAGACUUAUAGAGGUGACAUACAUCUAUCAAAUGGGCAAAAGAAUUCUGAAAAUUCAUCGUCAUUAUUGUGCAGCCGAGUUUUGCCAAUUAGUCUUAACUGUCCGAAAAUAUCCUAAUUGAAGUAAUUCUGAACACUCCUAGUGUUACUGUGGAAUAACUCUGAGUAGUAAAGUACGACCAGUAGUUCGAGUGGAGUACUCUUUUAUCUGAUGCGGUCGAACAAAAGGACUUAUUUUUUUCUUGUCUUUAGCGUUAGAUAAUCUCCGUUAUCAAACUAAUUUUAUCGUAAAUUAAAAUUCAUGGCUGUCACGAGUUCAAUUUUUUCUGUCCAACUGUCGAUAUAUAUGCAUCACAAAAGUUGUCAUUUUGUUAGAUUCGUCUUUAUUAUACAGUGAUGUAUAUGAUGGUUUCCGUUGACUAGACUACGUUAAUAUUCUUCCCUUACAUCUAUAAUAACUAUUCAUUUGUUCAUUCACAUUUCUUGCCGUCAUUUUCGCCGUUCCGUCUUAACAUAUUAUAUAAAGACAUUCUCUUAUGAUUAUAAAGACGAAUAUCUUUAUAAUUUUGAUCCGAAUUAAAAUUCUGAACACUGCUUCCGUAUACACUUAUGUGCUACCGUACUGGACAGGUAAUCUUGAAUUGUACACUUAAAAAAUCAAUUGCAUUAGUUUUCUAUUUAUUGUUUUCUCUUUUACUGGAUUUUUUACAUCUAACAAACACAGUAAUAGUCUAUUAUUCUUUUGCUUAAAGGUUGCUGGACCUAGAAGUGCUGUUUUUCUGGUGUUUCCGACCCAUAAUGGUAAUCAAGUGAAUAGUGUGAAGUCUGCGCUAUCUAAUAUCAAAAAUGUAGAAAUUCUCGAUAUAGUUGAUAUGCAGUAUGAUGACGGACAACUUGGUAUUUGUGUCACAAUGGCUGGAAGUGAUACAGCGCAACGAGUCGUUGAUCUUUGCCGUAAUUUGCAGUCGCCAUGGAACAUCACUCUUUGCUCGUUGCCACCGGAAGAUCAAUAG